UUGGGUCUCACGUUCAGAAAAUAAUGAAACGGGUCAGGGCCGUCAGGCACGUCUGUCUGUUAUUAGCAGAAGACAUUCACGAUGGACGGAUGGAUACAGGCAGCCACAGCUAGCCAUGCUAACUUGUCAAUUUUCAACUUGAACCUCUCCAAUUCUUAUUGUUCCUAGAUCUCCUACGCGGUUAUAAUCCUAAUUACGAUCUCAGGUACCGCAGUCUCUCUUUCGUUCUUCUUCUUCUCUCCAGGGGUCAGAUCGAGUGAUUUGGCAGUAUGCAGCGUGCUCCGGUGACAAUCGAGGAGCAGCUGAUUUUGAAAUCGAUAAAGGAGGAAUGCCCAUGGGAGAAUCUCCCAAAAAGGCUUCAAGCCACUCUUAAUUCUAAAGAGGAAUGGCAUAGAAGGGUUAUCGAACAUUGUAUUAAGAAAAGACUCCAAUGGAAUACAUGUUUUGCUCGCAAAGUAUGCAAAGAAGGUGAAUAUUAUGAAGACAUGAUGCGCUACUUGAGAAAGAAUCUGGCGCUAUUUCCCUAUCACCUUGCAGAAUAUGUUUGCCGUGUAAUGCGGUUAUCACCUUUCAGAUAUUACUGUGAUAUGAUAUUUGAGGUCAUGAGAAACGAGCAACCAUAUGACAGCAUCCCAAAUUUUAGUGCUGCAGAUGCCUUGCGUCUUACAGGAAUAGGAAGAAAUGAAUUUAUUGAUAUCAUGAACAAAUGCAGAUCUAAGAAAAUUAUGUGGAAGCUGAACAAGUCAAUUGCUAAAGAACUUCUACCCACACAACCUGUGGACUUUGCAAUUGAACCAUGGUGGGGAGUGUGUCUUGUCAAUUUUACCUUGGAAGAAUUUAAGAAACUUUCUGAAGAAGAGACGGCUACAAUUGAUAAAAUUUGCAAGGAGGAGGCUAAUGCAUUUAUCCUCUUUGAUCCUGAUGUUGUAAAAGGCCUGUACCAACGAGGAUUAAUUUACUUUGAUGUCCCUGUCUACCCUGAUGAUCGUUUUAAAGUUUCCAGGCUUGAAGGGUUUGUUUCCAACAGGGAGCAGUCCUACGAAGAUCCUACUGAAGAGUUACUGUAUGCAGUCUUUGUUGUUUCAAGUGAGAAUGCUACUGUUGCUGAACUGGCAUCGACAUUGCAGGCUGACCUGUCUCAGCUGCAGGCAGCUGCAUCAUUUGCUUGUAGAUUAGGAUGGGCAGAGAAAUUGAUUGAUCCAGGAUCCAUUCUUCAAGAAACAAGCAUACCCGGGACUCCUAAAAUCACUCUUGGUGAUGAGGAAGAUGCUUUUGAUGCUAGUAUACGCUCAGCAAGCAUGUUCAAUGACAGUGAUUCUAGUCAGCAUGGAGAUCUUACAGUGACAGAACACUCUGGACCACGUUCCAACCACACUCAAGUUGCUUUUAUUGUUGAUGCUAAUAUAACAUCUUAUCUCAUGAUGGGGUCUGUUUCACCAGGCUUAAAAUCCCAUGCUGUAACCUUAUAUGAAGCAGGGAAGUUGGGUCAUGCUAGCAUGGCAGAUCUCUGCAAGGAUCUGAGUACCUUAGAAGGAGCAAAGUUCGAGGGUGAAUUGCAGGAAUUUGCAAAUCAUGCCUUUAGCCUCCGUUGUGUCCUGGAAUGCCUUCUAUCAGGUGGGGUUGCUGCUGAUGUAAAAGUGGAGGAAGCUUGCAAUAAGAUGGGCACAGCAGCUUCAAGCAUUGAUGAGGCUACGUCUUUGAUAGCCGACAUCGCGGUGUCUGAAAAUUCAGAAAAUAUUGGGGCUGAUGAAGUGAAAAUAGACAAUGAUGAUUCCAUGAAUUCUAUUAUGCCUGAAGCUGGUUCUGUUUUGGCUAACCUUAUUUCUGGAAGUACUGAUGAUGGCACUUCUGUUAUUUUAUCUGAAGACAUAAAUUCAUCAACUGAGGCCUCCAAAUCAGAUCAAGAUGUCCAGAAUGAUGAUAAACUUAUUCCAUUUGGAGGGUCUGAUGGUGGAGAAGGAACUUCAAAGAGGAGAAGGGAUUAUCGUGUGGAUAUUCUCCGCUGUGAAAGUUUGGCUGCUCUAGCACCAUCAACUUUAGAUUCAUUAUUUCUCCGUGAUUAUGAUAUUCUUGUGUCUAUAGUUCCCCUCCCUCAUUCAGCAGUUCUUCCUGGACCAAAAGGUCCGAUCCACUUUGGUCCUCCUUCGCAUUCAUCCUUGACUCCAUGGAUGAAGUUGGUGCUUUAUUCGACUGUGGGUAGGGGGCCUUUGUCAGUUGUUUUGAUGAAAGGGCAGUCUUUACGUUUGCUUCCUGCACCAUUGGCUGGCUGUGAGAAAGCCCUUAUAUGGUCUUGGGAUGGUUCAACAAUUGGAGGGUUGGGAGGCAAGUUCGAGGGAAAUUUGGUCAAGGGAAGUAUACUUUUACAUUGUCUAAAUUCACUUCUUAAAUACUCAGCUGUCCUGGUGCAGCCUCUCAGUAAGUAUGACCUUGAUGAAUCAGGAAGGAUCAUUACUGUGGAUGUACCAUUGCCCCUCAACAACUCAGAUGGUUCCAUUGUUUGUGUGGGGAAUGAACUGGGUCUCUGUGAAGAGGAAAGUUUGAAACUGAACACUUUGUUAACCAAUCUAACACACACGAUGGAAUUACCAACUAUUGGUUACAUUCGCCUGCUAAAGCUUUUCAGUGAAAGAGAAUCAGACCACUUUGCACCUAGUGAUAAAAAAUAUGAAUGGGUUCCACUAAGUGUGGAAUUUGGAAUCCCCCUUUUUAGUCCAAAAUUAAGCAACAAUAUAUGUAAAAGGGUUGUUGCAUCAGAAUUGCUUCAAUCAGAUACACUUACUGAACACUAUGAGGCCAUGCAAGGCUUACGAAAAAGGUUGCGUGAUGUCUGUGCAGAGUACCAGGCAACAGGUCCUGCUGCAAAACUUCUGUACCAGAAAGAGCAAUCAAAGGAGUCACCUCGGCAACUCAUGAACUACGCCAGUGGAAGAUGGAAUCCCCUAGUGGAUCCAUCUUCUCCCAUUUCGGGAGCCUUGAGUGAGCAUCAGAGACUAAAACUUGCCAAUCGACAACGAUGCCGAACUGAAGUCUUAAGUUUUGAUGGUAGCAUUUUAAGAUCAUAUGCUCUAACUCCAGUAUAUGAGGCUGCCACAAGGCCCAUUGAAGAAACCCCAAUGGUGAAAUCUACAAAAGCUGAUCCUGAUGAAGCUGAUAGUAGAGAAGUAAUUCUUCCUGGUGUGAAUCUAAUUUUUGAUGGUUCUGAAUUGCAUCCCUUCGACAUAGGUGCUUGCCUGCAGGCUCGUCAACCGGUUUCCUUAAUAGCUGAAGCUGCAGCAGCCUCAGCUUCUACUUCAAUUAAAUAGGUAUUCAUUUUGCUUGAUAGGGGUAGACACAAGUAUCUGUCAAUCUUUCAACAAAUGGCAGUUGACUAACAUUACACCAGCUUUAUUCUGAUGCCUGGUUCACCUGUUUCACCUUUUAGGUUGCUUGUUGUGCGUGAGGUCGUAUUAGUUUAAGGCUGAACUGGUUACACCCAGUUAAUCCGUACGGUAAAAAGAGAAGAAUGAUGGUUUUUAGAGCAGAUGUGUCUCGAUUUGAUGCCUGAUGUUUAUUCCCCACCAAGAAACAAGCUUAUUUUUUCACAUGAUAUUGGGGGAAAAUUCAGCACAUUGAUGUUUCCUGAAUGUCAAAAACACAAAACCUUCUCCCAUAAACUGCAUAUAAUUUUGAUUCCAUUUUUUUUGUUACUGCGUAUAAGGUUUCUUAAACAUGUAAAGGGGACGGCAUGCAUCAGAGUCCGAUGUUUUUUUUCGCCGAAACUGUGGUGAGGAAUUAUCAUGUUAUACAGCACAUGUACUUCCCUGAACGCAAUAUUGUAAUUACGUAACUUUUCAUAUGAUAAGCCAGACUAAAGCUGAUACCACUUGCAUCAACUCUUGUGUGAGAAAAAAA